AUGUCUUUUGAUGCUAGUAGUACUACGAAAAGGAGAAGUUUAUCUGUACAGGAAACAAGAAAUAGGCUGAGGAAUACUCAGCUGAAGAAAGGAGAAUUACCUGUAUCUCAUUCAAUUCCCUCUCGGUUUGAAACAAAAUUAAACUUGAAUUAUUCGGAGAGAAAAGGGUUCGGAACAAGCACAACACGUUUUCAAGUAUUUGUGAAUGAUACACUAGGACCAAAUGCAACAUCUUAUAAUAUAAAACGAGAAAUUAGAGAAGAAAAACCAUCAGAUUCAAAGAAAGGAUACGGAAAUUUAGCAUCUCAAACAAAGAGAUUUUUUGAUCAACCUCGAGUUGCAUUUAUUACUCCAGGACCAGGUUCAGCAGAACCAAAAUCAUUUGUUGAGGAUCGCCUUAUUAAAACACCAAGUAGUAGAAAAGGAACUAGGUCAUUUGUAGAACCAGUGUCCAAAUCAUUGAAAACACCAACAUCAACAACUAUGGUUGGUCCAGGUAGCUAUGAAGUUGAAUCACCAAGGAGAGCUCAAUCAGCUAAAUCAUCAGUAUUUGCUUCAAAAACUGAAAGAUUUGAAGCAUUUAAGGGUCUAUCUUCUCCAGCCGCUGUAAAAAAUAGAUUCGAGGAUAUGUUUGACCAUAAGUAUGAAAGAGAGCAUUGUGAAGAUAUGCUCUACUCAAGGAAAGAAAAAAGAAAUCUGUCACAAUCAGUAUUUAGAUCUGCAACUUUCAGAGAUUUCGAUAUUAAUCCAAAAUCAAUGUAUGAGGAGGUCGAUAUUCGAGAUAUUAGUAAGCCAAUCACUCCAAGUACUAUUGAAAGAAAAUCUGCUGUGGAAGAUAUGCAAAAAGAUGGACGAUCUUACAUUUUCAAGAACCACAAUAUGGAUAGAUUUGGUAACUUUGUUGGGAAUACAAGGAAAAAACCAACAAAAACGCCUGCAAGUCCCCCAAGUUAUUACCCUAGUUUUGAUAGAUUUGGUGGUAAUAUGGCAGAGUUGGAGAAGAAGAAACAUAUUAGUUCAAGCUUUUUCGUUUCGAACACUAAGAGAGAUAUGGAUGUUAUUCCAACAAAUGUACCUUAUCCAGGCAAAUAUGAUACUUCACAACUAUUUGCUACCGGCAAUCAAAAGUCGUUUAAUAUGAAUAAAAGUGGUAUAUUUCUGUAA